GACAGAGGCCACGCUUUGUGCAUGCACGAUAAGACCCAGCGACAUAUAUAAGAGCAAGCGCAGCUGGCAUCCGGGCAGAUCGGGACCCAUCUACAAGCUCUCUUCCUUCUCGACUCUCGCCCACCAUCAGCAUGGACAGAACGUCGGAACCAUCCAUCGACGAGAGCAAGUAUUCUAUUCAAGACUCCGAGAAACGCACUGGCGACAGCUUCAACGACGGCGUCGACUUGUCUGUGGGCGACGAAGCACUCAAGCUCGUUGGCAAGGAGAGAACCGUCCAGUUCACCGAGGAAUACAAUGCGAGGCUUAGGCGGAAGCUGGAUCUUACGAUCCCUCCCCUCUGCGCCGCGGUCUACUUCACCCAGUACCUCGAUAAGACGUCGCUAAACUACGCCAGCAUCAUGGGCUUUCCCAUAACUGGCCAGAAGUACAACCUAGUGUCAAUGGGCUUCUAUCUGGGUUUUCUCAUAUGGGAGUUCCCCACCGUCUACAUAUCGCAAAAGCUCCGCGUCGCCAAGUACCUGGGCGCGAACGUUGUACUAUGGGGCGUAGUCCUAAUGCUGCAUGCCGCCGGCACCUCCUUUGGCGCGAUCUUCGCUUUGCGUAUUCUCCUAGGCAUGCUGGAAAGCUGCGUAGCGCCCAUCCUCAUCCUCAUCAUCUCCAUGUUCUACAAGAAGAAUGAACAAGCCACACGCAUCUCCUGGUUCUACGUUAUGAACGGCCUGACCCAGAUUUUUGGGGGAUUUGUGGCAUAUGGCAUUUCGUUCGACAAAGGACACGUCCUCGCGCCGUACCAAAUAAUCUACCUACUACUAGGCGGCCUGGCCAUCGUAGUUGGCGUCUGCGUGCUCAUCUGGAUGCCCGAUUCGCCCGUGCAUGCCUGGUUCCUGACACCCGAGGAGCGCAUCGCAGCGCUGGAGCGCGUCCGCGACGACCAGGUCGGCACGGAGAACCACAAGCUCAAACGCUCGCAGAUGCGGGAAGCCGUCACGGACGUUCGUACCUGGCUUAUUGUCCUGCUGACCCUCGUCACGGCCAUACCUAACGGCGGCCUGAGCAACUUCAGCAAUCUCAUCAUCAAGAACUUCGGUUAUACGUCGAAGCAAGCCUUGAUAUUGUCCACGCCCUCGGGUGUCGCGCAGAUCGUGUUUACUAUUUUGUGCGGCUGGUACUCGGACAAGAAGAAAGAGCGCAUGCUUCCCGUUGUCAUUUCCGUAAUCCCCACAAUCAUUGGUGCUGCAAUCCUGGUCGGCUUGAACAAGUCAGGCGAGAAGGGCGCCCUUCUAUUCGGUAUAUACCUCACGGGCACCUACGGUAGCGCCUUGGCAGCCAUCUACUCUUACAAUGCGAGUAACACCAGCGGUCACACCAAAAAGAGUACAGUGAACGCAAUGACCCUCUUCUCCUUCAGCGCUGGAAACAUCAUUGGCACGGAGAUCUUCCUCGCCAAGGACGCGCCCGACUAUAUCCCAGGCAAAAUCGCCAUCCUUGUCCUCCUCUCCGGCAGUCUCGUCAUCGCGUUGACGAUUCGAGCGAUCAACUUGCGGAUGAAUACGCGCCGAAAGGAGGCGCUGGUGGCACUCCAGGCGCAGAACGGCUGGACGGACGCCGAUAUGCAACGCGAGCGCGAGCGACAUGCAUUUGCGGACCUGACCGACAAGAAUAACCCGUACUUCGUCUACACGCCUUGAUGCGCGAGGCGAACGUGUGCGUGAUUGAGAGCACGCGUAAGGUGCACAGUCAGCGUGGGGUGGCCUCGUUUAGGCUCGGGUUGCCCUGCGUGUCGCGAUGAGCCUGGCGUCCGCACACGUACUGUGAUCGGCGUGCGCACUGGACGCAAGUUGUCAAGGGGGGUUGGGAGGCUUGCAGUCGUAAUAUACAUACUGUACACUUGAAUUACAUGUUCGAUAGACGGCGG